GUCAAUAUGGUUUAGCUUUACAAUUCAGUUUUGGUCUAAAUUUUAAGUAAUUUCAUUUCGAUUUCUCAAAAUUUCUUCAAAAUUAGGAAGUACGCUGGAAACCUUUGCCGGAGGACGGUCCUCUGCGAUGUGUCUCCAUUUCCGACUACCCCAUCGAUCCUCAGAUUUCGCUGCUAUGCACGGGAUUGCAAAAAGAAGAUGGAACCAAAACCAAAACCAAAGUUCCAACUAGACCGAGGACCUUUUCUUUCCCAGCUGGACUACCAGUCCCGUCUGCAGUUCCAAACACCUGCUUUAAGGUUACCACUCAGCGCUAUUAUAUGCACCAUUGGACCCUCAUCCAACCGACCUGAAGUUCUCCUGGAGCUCAUUCGAGCUGGGAUGAGGGUGGUGAGUAUAAACAUGUCUAACGACAACCACGAUUGCCAUUGCCAGACGAUCCAGGCGGCCCGUAAAGCCAUCUCUACGUACGUGGAGCAAACGGGACUGCCAAGGACCUUGGCCAUAGCUCUGGACACCAGAGGUCCACAGAUUAGAACGGGAAAGCUUUCCUCCAAAAUCGAACUCAAUCCCGGUGACAAAAUCACCCUGAGCACCAACAAGAAGCUGGAGGAGACUUGCUCAAAGGAAAAGAUCUACGUAGACCAUCAGCAAUUACCUAAUAACGUUCAGCCCGGAAAUCGUAUCUUCAUCGACGAUGGAUUAAUAUCCUUAGUGGUAAAGAAAUCCACGGCAGAGGAAGUGAUCUGUCAGGUGGAGAAAGGUGGCAAGCUUGGAUCCCACAAAGGAAUCAAUCUGCCGGGUAUUUCAGUUGAUCUUCCCGCCAUAACCGAACAGGAUAAGCUGGAUCUUAAGUUCGGGACAGAUCAGAGGGUGGACAUGAUCUUCGCGUCGUUCACCCGCGAUGCCAAGGCUGUUAGCGAAAUUCGGAAGGCACUGGGACCGUCGGGUGAACACAUAAAGAUCAUCUCCAAGAUCGAGAACCAACAGGGACUGUCGAACAUAAACGAGAUUAUCCGCGAAUCUGAUGGCAUCUUGGUGGCCCGUGGUAAUUUGGGCUUGGAAAUACCCACGGAGGAUGUGCCGUUGGCCCAGAAAUUAAUUGCGGCCAAGUGCAACCAAGUGGGAAAGCCGGUGAUCUGUGCCACCCAGAUGAUGGAUUCGAUGAUAUGCAAGCCGCGACCAUCCCGCGCCGAAGCCUCGGAUGUGGCCAAUGCGAUCUUCGACGGUUGUGAUGCUCUAAUGUUGUCCAGUGAAACGGCCAAGGGAAGGUAUCCAGUGGAAAGUGUACAGUGCAUGGCCAAGAUAUGUGCCAAAGUCGAGUCGGUUUUAUGGUAUGAGAGUGUACAGAACAGCCUUAAGAGGAAAAUUCGAAUGAGUUCCGGCGAUCACAUUUCGGCGGUGACUACGGCGAUCACAGAUGCGGCUACUAUUGUUCAAGCCCAGGCCAUUGUGGUGGCCAGUCCGUGCCCCGUGGUAUCCCAGAUGAUCAGUCACCAAAGGCCACCCUGUCCCAUUGUGAUGCUCACCGGUUGCCAAGCCAAGGCGGCUCAAUCCUCACUCUUCCGAGGAAUUCACCCACUCCUCGUGGAGGAUAUGGUCAUCGGUAGCUUGAACUUCCAUCGCAUCAUGCAGUCGGGCCUUAAGCUAAUGGCCAAGAUGGACAUCAUAGAGUCUGGUCAAAAGGGUACUGUGGUGGUGGUCAAUGCCUUGUCGGCGGACAAGAUCACUUUCCGAUUGUUAACCAUUCGUCAGCCUACCACAGCAGAGAGAGAUCAGGAAGAGCUCUGCCGGAAAUUAAGCCUUCAGCAGCGGUGCAAGGAGAUGGCUCAAGAGGAGUCCUGCCAAAAACUCAAGCAGGCGGAAGAAUACCGAAGAAAGCAGGAAGCGGGGAAGUGCAAGUCGGCUGAAACGUGUAUGAAAUCCGAGGAAAAACCAAGUGUCUGUCCGAAGAAAGAGUGUUCUAAGCAGGACGAUGAGGCCUUGAAAUGCUCUCGGCUUAAAAAAGAAAGGCAAGCGCAAGCAGAAGCUGAGCAGAAACGGAGGGAAGAAUUUCAAAAGGCGGAAGAUUGUCGGAGAAAGCUGGCCGAAUUGUGUAAGAAAUCCGAGGAGAAAAAAGAAUGUUUGAAGAAGGACGAUAAGUUGAUAAAAGAAAGACAAGCGCAAGCACUAGCUGAGAAGAAGCCGAGAAAAGAAUCUAAAAUAUCGGAAGAUUGCCGGAGAAAACGCGAGUUGAUAGAAUGCCGGAGGAAACGCGAGGCGGAAAAAUGCAAGCUUCUCAAAAUAUGUACCAUACCCAUAGAUAAACUAAGUGCCUGUCAGAAGAAAGAAUCCCCAGAAGACGACUGUACGGAAAGACAAGCAGAAGCAGAAAAGAAGCUGAGUGAAGAUUCUGAUAUGUCCUGGGAAGUAAAACUCGAAAAUUGCAAGACAGGAAAACCCGAAACCUGCAAACCAUUGAAACUCGAAAGUUGCAAGAUUAUAAGACUCGAAAACUGCAAGCAACCGUGCGAAACAAAGGAAAAUACUGAACAGAAUGAAAAGGCUUCUAUAUAUCUACGAGUUUUAUGAGUUUUUAUCAUGAACAUUUUUUCUAGUUACAUAACUCUAGACAAAUCUAGUAUACCCCACUAACUAUGUAAUCCCCGGGUAUGACAACCGAGCAACUCAUUAGUUUUUAUUAUGGUUGCUGCCAUUGGUGUUGAUGUUGCAGAGCCAUAUGAAGGAGAGGAAAAACCGCCAUGGACAAGUACAGUAAAAGACCAAAGAGGGGAGCCAACGCUCGAGUGACCCACUGUCCAAGUGGACGGCCUUUCUUAUCUAUCCAUCGCUACCUCUCUCCCUCUGGCUGCUUAAUUACAUGCCAAGGAGUUGAGACAGAAACUAAUAUCAUACUAUAUAGUACGGGGAAGACACUACACUCCAAUUCUUUGGGGUUGCUAGUGGGGCAUAUGAAGGACACAACACACAACCACCAAGUUGCCAUGGAACCAGCGCAAAAGGUUUAAUCGAUGACCCGCUCGAGCUCUCUAAAGGAAAACAACUUCAGAUUGAGUUGGUUAUUUAUGGAAAUUGAUAAGACAACGUACGCAUAUACCAUGGGUUUUACGGCCUUUCAUUUCCAUACACUUUUUAAGUGCCUCGCCAUGGCUACCAAUAUGAAAUAUCUAAGCAAUGCUAUUCUUAAUUAUAUCUACACACAUGUAU